UCCCCCUGCCGCCGCCGCCGCCGCCGCCGCCGCCGCCUUGCUCAUUCAGCCCGGCUGGGAGUGGUGUGAUUCCCGAUCAAGAUGGCGGCUGUGGGGCGGGUAGGCUCGUUCGGUUCCUCUCCGCCGGGACUUGGCGCAGCUUACUCUGGCGGCCCCCUGGCCCACGAGCUGGCGUCGGGCAGUGGCGGCGCCGCAGCGGGCGACGACGAGGACGGGCAGAAUCUUUGGUCCUGCAUCCUCAGCGAGGUCUCCACGCGCUCGCGCUCCAAGCUCCCGGCGGGAAAGAACGUGCUGCUGCUGGGUGAAGAUGGAGCUGGAAAAACAAGCUUAAUAAGAAAAAUUCAGGGAAUUGAGGAAUAUAAGAAAGGAAGAGGAUUGGAAUAUUUAUACUUAAAUGUGCACGAUGAAGAUAGGGAUGAUCAAACGAGAUGUAAUGUAUGGAUCUUAGAUGGAGACCUAUAUCACAAAGGGCUCCUUAAAUUUUCACUGGAUGCCAUUUCUCUAAAGGACACUCUGGUUAUGCUGGUCGUUGAUAUGUCAAAGCCGUGGACUGCUUUGGAUUCUUUACAAAAAUGGGCAAGUGUUGUGAGGGAACAUGUUGACAAGUUGAAAAUUCCUCCUGAAGAGAUGAAAGAAAUGGAACAAAAGUUGAUUAGAGACUUUCAAGAAUACGUAGAGCCAGGAGAAGACUUUCCAGCUUCUCCUCAGAGAAGAAACACUGCAGCACAGGAGGACAGAGACGACAGUAUUGUUUUACCUCUGGGUGCGGACACCCUUACACAUAACCUGGGCAUUCCAGUACUGGUAGUUUGCACCAAGUGUGAUGCCAUUAGUAUUUUGGAGAAAGAACAUGACUACAGAGAUGAACAUUUUGAUUUUAUCCAGUCACAUAUCCGGAAAUUUUGUUUACAGUAUGGUGCAGCACUUAUUUACACUUCAGUAAAAGAAAACAAAAAUAUAGACUUAGUGUAUAAAUACAUUGUUCAGAAACUCUAUGGAUUUCCUUAUAAGAUCCCUGCUGUUGUUGUGGAAAAGGAUGCAGUAUUUAUUCCAGCAGGGUGGGAUAAUGAUAAGAAAAUAGGAAUAUUACAUGAGAAUUUUCAAACACUGAAAGUAGAAGAUAAUUUUGAAGACAUCAUAACUAAACCACCUGUCCGAAAGUUUGUACAUGAGAAGGAAAUUAUGGCAGAAGAUGACCAAGUGUUUCUUAUGAAGUUACAGUCCCUUUUAGCAAAGCAGCCACCAACUACAGCUGGAAGGCCUGUGGAUGCAUCACCAAGAGUCCCUGGAGGUUCCCCGCGAACCCCAAAUAGAUCGGUGUCAUCCAAUGUUGCCAGUGUGUCACCUAUCCCUGCUGGCUCAAAAAAAAUUGAUCCAAACAUGAAAGUCGAUCUAAAUGUUUCUUUCUUUUUCUUCAUUGUAGGUCAGAAGCCUGUCUUAUCAGACGUUCAUGCAGAACUAGACAGAAUUACACGGAAGCCAGUUCCAGUUUCUCCUACACCACCUACAUCUCCAACAGAAGGAGAAGCUUCUUGAAGAUACCAAAUAAAGCCAUGUACUCAGUUUUCUGGGAUAAUGUAAACUUGCCUCUGCCUUUUCUUUAAAGGUGGAAUUAGGGAGCUGGAGUGCUUUACAGACAAUUAAGUUUAUGUCUGUCUUUUUUUUUUUUUGUGGCUACCCAUUUUUGUAAAAGGAGCUAUACGAAGAAACCUUAUUCUACAUUAUGGGGAAUUAUUGUUUUCAUUGCCAUUUUGCAUAAGGAAGUAAUUUGGGAUUUUGAAAAUGUCUGAAUUUAUAGACCUGAAAUAGAACCAUGUGAUCAUAUUCUAAAGGUUAUAUAAACCAUACACAAGGGUUUGGGGAAGGGCAGAAAAUAUAUAGUUUGGGCAUUUGACUGACUUGGAAGUCCAAACUUAGUUAAGACUAUUAAAAUCAUUUUAAAAAAUAAUUGUGUGUUUUGCUGAAAAAGAAAAAGUGAUCAAUUCUCAGAUUUUGCACACCAACAAUGUACCCAUACAUAGGGAAACUAUUGAGAAGACUCAGCUAGAGUUCAACAAACAAGUCAUUGUCUCAAUCAGUGAGGAAUCAUCAAAAUAUGAUUUAGGAUUAUUGGCCAAGACAUUUCUUUAACUGCGAAGGACAGAAAGCACACUGCCUAAAUGUGUAAAAGAAAAAUGCAGAGGUUAUAAAAUUGUAAAGAGGUAACGGUCUUCGGAUUUGUCUAUACAUAUAUAUAUAUAUCUAUAUCUAUAUAUAUGGCUCUGCCUUAAUAUACACCUUUUUUGUUUGUGACUUUCAACUGUAAUCAGUUAAUAAAGUAUUUAUUCUCUGCAUUCAGGUUCAAA